CGGGGCGAGCUGGAGAAACGAGUGCUCCUUAGGACCCAGGAGCUGCUCGGCUGCUGCUGCUGCUGCAAACGCCCUCCCCUCCCCGGCUAGGGGGGAGGCUGUUUACCAGGAGAGAGCAGCCCUGGCGAGCCUCGGACCGACCCGCAGCCAGUUCGCCGGCCGGCCAGCCAGGGAGCCGGGCAGCGAGCGGCCAAGCGCUUGGCCGAGGCAGCCUCAGGACCAGUGGCCGGGGCGGCUAGCCCGUCCGAGGAUGCGCUCCGGCUCAGCCCGGCGGCCCGGGAUGCAGCUGCCCCUGCCCUGGGGGCCCGCGCUGCUCCUGGGCACCGCGCUCCUGGGCGCAGCCUCGGGCUCCCGGGGAGGCUGCUUCUGGGACCAGGGACAUCUGUACCAGGCAGACCAGAGCUUCUCUGCGGAUGGACUGCCCUGCCUCAAUUGGCAGGAAUUGCAAAGCCAGGGGACAGAGACUGUCACCACUGGGGCAGGCCCAGGCCGGACAACCACCCGGGAGAACCACAGCUUCUGCCGGAACCCUGACUCGGACGCAGCCGGGCCCUGGUGCUACGUGAGCGGCUCCUCGGGAGCCCCGGAGAAGCGGCGCUGCCAGCCUGUCCCAUGCGCAGGGACCCCCACUCAGGAAACCUUGCCCCUCACCACUGACGCAGGGGCAUCUCAGGAAAGCCAUGGGGCCGAUGGGGAAGUCUUCGAGGUCGCACACUCUCUGCCCCGUAACAGUGAGUCGGCAGCUGUGCAGCCCGUGAUUGGGGUCAGCCAGAGAGUGAGGAUGAUGUCAGAGAAGAAAGACCUUGGGAUGAUAGGCUAUGUGCUGGGAAUCACCAUGACGGUGAUCAUCAUCGCCAUUGGUGCUGGCAUUGUCCUGGGCUAUGUCUACAAGAGGGGGAAGGACUUCAAAGAGCAUCGUGAACAGAAAACCUAUGAGCGGGAGAUGCAACGUAUCACCUUGCCUUUGUCUGCCUUCACAAACCCUGCAUGUGAGAUCGUGGAUGAGAAAACCAUUGUGAUUCACACCCAUCGGACUCCUGGGGAGGACACAAAGGAUGGCAGUGCCCCCCUCAUGGGCCAGGCUGGCACACCUGGGGCCUGAGCUGGUGGCCAGUGGGUAGGAAUCUACACUGACACUGACCUUCCCAAGCAGGGAAUGGCUCUCGUCUUCUGUUACGGUGUUUUUUGGGUGAAUUCCAGAGGACAAAGGACUGGAGGGGGGCCCUGCUUCUCCAGUAGGGUCAUCCCUCGGGGCGGGACUUUGCCCAUGGAGAUGACUGGAGCAACAGCUGGAGGGGUGCUGUCUACAGGGACUUCCCACAGAACCCAAACCGGGGACAGGGUGGCCUUUGUCCUAGUCCUACUUCUCCCCUUUGUGCUCUAGAAUUCCACAUGGCCUUGGCUUCCUCCCUGUCCCUGCCUCUAGAGGUGUGAAUGGCACAUAUAGACCGUUACCUUUGUAUUUCAGGAAAAAUGGGAGCUUUAUUCGCAUCAGGGUCAUUUGGUGAGUUGAGGCCUCUCAGCUGUGUUUGUGGCCCCUCGAGGCCAAGAGUGCGAGAAUCGGAGGGAGGAUCAGGUAUAUUUCAGGGUAAAUGAAGCCCAGGGCCGAUACUCUUCCGGGCCCAAAUGAAAAGGAAGAGAAGAAAACAUACUGAACAUUCCAUGUAGACUGAGGCCUGAGCCAGGUGCCUUAGGCCAACACAGGCAGUCGGGGCUAGAAGCUCCGGACUGAGAGACGUCAGGAAACAAUGACAAUAUUUUAGGACCCACGAUUGUCCAAGGAAUCAGAAAUGUUGUCAGUCAGUAAUUCCAUUGCUGGAUCCUUCAGACGUCCCCAGGACAAGCAGACAGGGUUCUUUGGGGCUCGCCAAACUGUGCCCCCCCCCCCAGCCCCUGAAAGUCCCUGGCUGCACAGGACGGUGGCGGAGAGACAGGCUCGCUCCCACAGUGUCGGGGUCUCCAGUCCCUCCUCCAAGUCUUUCACUGCUGCUCAUAAGGCCUUAGGAGGAAGGGAGGGACUUCACCAAACCUGCACCUUCUCCCCACCCCCAAAAUCCAAGCGGCUCUAAGGGUGUGUGAGUAUGUGUGUGUGACCGCACCAGCCCUGGAGCGGUGGGCAGCUCCAGUGUAAGAGCCGACCUUGGCAUCCACACGCCUGGCUUGCAUGUACGCUGCACACCACAGACUCCGCCGUGUUAGUGGUUCUGACUUUUUUUUAACCAUUUCUGUGUGUUUUAUAUACCUCAUUCUAACACCUGCACACUGUAGGCAGGAAGCCACUCUGGAUUCAACUUGGUAAAAACACAUUAAACAGGACAAAACUCA